AUGGCAGGAGUAGUCGACACCAAAGCGGCCGUGCCCGUGCAGCGGACUUCCUCAGACAACGAGAAUGGCACGAAGAACGGUCCCGAAGACGGCAGCGUGCAGGACGAAUACUUGUACCAAUACGAUGAAUCGAGAAAGCUGGGCAUCACCAGUUCUGUCUUCGUCAUUCUCAACAAGAUGAUCGGAACGGGCAUCUUCUCUACGCCGUCUGGCAUUUUUGCCGCUACUGGAUCCGUCGGCGUCAGUCUCUUCCUCUGGGUCAUAGGAGGCGUCCUAACCUUCUGCGGCCUCUCGGCCUUCAUCGAAUUCGGCCUCGCCAUCCCACGCAGCGGCGGCGAAAAGAACUACCUCGAGCGUGUCUACCGCCACCCAAAACUCAUGGCCACCUGCGUCCUCAUGUCCCAAAUGAUCCUCCUCGGCUUCUCCUCCGGUAACGCGCUCGCCUUCGGCCGCUACUGCCUCUUCGCUUCCGGCUCCAAAAUCGCAGACGGCUGGGAAGCACGCGGAAUCGCCAUUGGAUGCAUCACCUUCGCCGUCACCCUCCACUCGAUCCUCCCCAAAUGGGGCCUCAGACUCUUCAACGUCCUCGGCUUCUUCAAAGUCUUCAUUCUCCUUUUCAUCGUUUGUUCGGGCUUCGCGGCACUCGCAGGCCACCGCAAAGUCCCCAACCCACACAACUUCGACAAUGCCUUCCGCUUCGAAGAAGGCGAAGGCUACGGCGGCGGCGGAGCCUACGCAUACGCCACCGCCCUCCUCCGCAUCGUGUACUCGUACAAAGGCUGGGAGAACGUCAACUACGUCCUCGGCGAAGUCAAAGACCCUAAGAAGACCCUCAAGAUUGCCGCACCCCUUGCCGUAGGCGGCACAACCAUCCUCUACGUCCUCGCCAACGUAGCCUACUUCGCCGCCGUUGGCAAAGAAGAGAUGGCCAAUGCCGAAGUCACCAUUGCCGGCCUAUUCUUCCGCAACGUCUUCGGUAACUCUGCCGGCGCCCGCGCCCUUCCAGCAUUCGUCGCCCUAAGCAAUCUCGGGAAUGUCCUCGCAGUCUCCUUCGCGCACUCCCGCCUCAACCAAGAAUUCGCCAAGGAAGGUCUCCUCCCAUUCAGCAGGUUUUGGGCAUCGAACAAGCCCUUCAACGCCCCAGCGACAGCGUUGUUCCUGCACUGGCUGAUCACGGUGAUCAUACUUGUCGCACCCCCGGCCGGCCCAGCCUACAAUUUUAUCACCGACCUGUACACCUAUCCUGGCGCAUGGAUCAACGGCUUCGUUGCCGCCGGGUUGAUCUACCUACACUACAACAAGAAUGAAAAUUGGAGCUCGCCAUUCCACACUUACUUGCCUGUCCUGGUUAUCUACCUCCUCGCCAACGUUUUUUUGGCGAUCGUGCCGUUCAUUCCGCCCGAUGGAGCGAAGGAUCCGGAUGGGUAUCCGUACUACGUCUUCCCUGUCGUGGGUAUCGCGGUCCUGCUGGGAGGUGUGGUCUACUGGGCGAUUUGGAAGAGGGUUUUGCCAAGGAUAUUGGGCUACAGAAUCGAGACCGUUCAUAGAAUCAGUGAUGUGGAUGGGAGCGAGGCGGUGAAGUAUGUCAAAAUUUAUACCAAGGCGGAGAAGGGGCAUUGA